AUGUUUGCUCCUGUCUUCUCUGAUCCUCCCCUUCUUCUACUGUGCCUGAUCCAUCUGCUGAUAGAACAGAGUCUUGAGGGCAAGCUGCACAUGCUCAGUUUGGUGUUUUUUUUUCUUGGGAGAGUGCAUGUGAUCAGUACAGGGCCAAUCCACGCUGUCCAGACAGAGGACAGGGGUUUUGCAUCCUCCUAGAGCAGAAAGAAAACUCCUCCUACAAGUUUUAAUCAGUGGUCAGCUGAAGUUACAGGACUGCUCUAACUGCUGAUGAGAAAAGGUAUUUAGCAGUUAAUAUUUACUAA